CCGUGUAGGAGGAGCUUGUGGGUUGUUUUGGGAGUGUUGGUUGCACGUGGGGCCACGAGGUAUAUCAGUUGGAGAAGAAAGUUUGGAGAGGCCUCGUGUGUUUUUAUUUUAUUUUAUGAGAAUUCCGAGAAGUUCAGACAACCUCCAGUGACGACAUGUCAGCGACAGGUCAGACGAGUGGGAGCCGGGACAUACCGGCCGUCAGGCGGGUUGCCAUCCUCGAGGCUGCUCACAUGCCCCAGGAAUACUCCACCACUCCCGGGGGAACCGUGUUCAGCACUACGCCUGGAGGAACUCGAAUCAUCUACGACAGGAAAUUCCUACUGCAGCGUCGGAACUCUCCUCUGACACGCACUCCUCCGAAACUUCCUGACAUCCCAGGAGUCACCAGGCCUCUCAAACGGGAGUCCUCCACCGAGACGAACCAGCCGGGAGCGACUGACAGUAGUGAAGCUGAGCAACACGUCUUGCAUGCAGAGAGUGCAGGAGAUGACGCCCAGUUUGAGAUGGACAUUUGAAGAGGAUUGAAACUAUUUCUUAUGCAUGUUUGUUGCAAGUAUAGGUGAUUUUUUUUUUUUUUAGAUGAGUUGAAUGAAAAACUGUGGGCUGUCUAAUCGGGUUCCUUAAAGGGAAAUUAUAUUUUUAUUGAAUUGA